CUCCUCAAUUAAAAAACACACUCUCUCGGGCUCCCUCAAAUCUGCAAAUUCUCCCUCCCUUUUUUUCUCACAAAAACUCAACUAAAAUUAAAUCGGAGGAGAGAGAAAAAACGAACUGCAAAAUUCCCAAAAUCCGCGAAGAAUGAGGUUCAAUUUCGACAUGGCAGAACCAAGCAAUGAGAAGAAAGAGCACAAAUUGAAAACCCUAGCUCUAGCUCCUUCCUCACCUCCUCCUACUACAACUCCAACUGAUAAACAACUUGAAUGGCUUCCUCUUCAAGAUCACCCAGUCUUCUCCCGCGCCGCCGGCGGUGCUGGAAUUUCUUCGGAGAAGCGGUUUCCGACGAAUCUUAUGGCUUGGGACGGAGCUUCUAGAAUAUAUUUUUGGGAUUCUGAGAAGAAUUUCCUUCACCGUAUUUCUGUUCGAUUGGGUGAACCUGAAGUUACUUCUGUCGUCGCCGCUUCUCCCUCUAAGGUGUUGCAAGCAGAUAUUGAGCUUGACUUUCAUGUUACCAAAAUCUCAAUUAAUAGAAAUGGAUCAGCAUUGCUUCUUGCCGGUUCUGAUGGCGUAUGUGGCAUGUACCUUUAUGGAUGCAGUUCUGCAAAGGAUAGUUCGAUUAUUUGCAGGACUGUCCUUGUUGGUUCUGAAGUUUAUGAGAAAAGUAAUAAUGCUAUCCGCAUAUUGCAAGUGGCAUGGCAUCCUUAUAGUGAUACACAUAUUGCAGUUCUGUCUUCUGAUUCGGUUUUCAGAAUAUUUGAUUUGUCUUCUGCUCUUGAUCAGCCAGAGCAGGAGUACUACUUGCAGCCUUUAGAUCCAGGUAGAUCCCGGAAUGCGUCAUCAAUUUGCCCUGUUGAUUUUUCCUUUGGACGUGAUCACUUAUGGGACAGAUUUAGUGUCUUUAUUUUGUUUAGUGACGGCUCUGUUUACAUACUUUGCCCAGUGGCCCCAUUUGGAAGUUUUUUUAUGUGGGAAUCAAUAAUAGAGAUUUACAGUGAUGCACAAACGUUUGUUCAGAAAUCUACCAACUCAACAGCUAGCAGCAAUUCAAGUCUGGCCAUAUCUUGGUUGGAAGCAACAUUUCCCGAACUAGAACAAGGAAAGGAAAUUAGUAACAUAUCAGUUGUGAAGGCUCGUCCUUAUGUGCUAAUAGAUGCUUCACUUUCAUUGCAGGGCCCUCUUCGUAAAGUUUGCCAUGGCGAGGGAGAUGAUCCUGGAUUUCGUGGUGCAGAAUGUGUUGGUCGUGCUGUGAGCUUUCUUUACAACUCAGUUGGCAAGGACUCGAUCUUGGUUACUGCAUGGAGUGGUGGACAAUUGCAAAUUGAUGCUCUGGCUGAUGAAAUUCAACCCCUUUGGCAUACUGGGAAUCCACCUCAUCUUUCAUUUGAUUCCCAAGAUCGCAUACGUGGGUUUGCUAUGAUAUGUGAAUCAAUUGCAGAUCAGUGUUCUGUUAUAAGGCUUGACCAGCCACUUGAUUAUUGUGAUUGGUCAGGUCUUCCACCUCCUCUUUUAAGACUCGCUAUUGUAGAUUUGGCUCUGCCCAAAAUCAGGGAUAGUGACUCACUAAUUUCUAUGUUUAUCGAUCCUCUUAUUUCUGAGAGAAUAUACUGCCUUCAUGAUGGAGGUGUAGAUUCGAUAGUGUUGCAUUUUCUCCCAUUUACACAUCAGACAUGUGGAAAAGAUGAAAUUAUGAAAGCUCCAUCUGUACAUCCAGUUGUAAGUACAUACCAGGGAUCAACAGGCACCUCCUCUUCUCUUUGUGGUUUUGUGGUUCUAUCUGAUUCAUUUGGAUACUCAUGGAUUUCGGGAGUCACCUCUACUCGAGAAUGCAUUGUACUAGAGAUGAAAACAUGGAAUAUUUUGCUUCCUAGGCUUAUGGACAUGGAUAAGACGCCUGUCAGGUUAGAAGAAGCAGGAGAAAGGAUCACACCAGAUAUAAUAAGUAAAGAGCUCCUUGCUGGUCCUCAGAUGGUUAUUGUUCCACAAGGAUCUAACUUGCGAUCAGUUGCUGCUGAUUCUAUUGAAGGCCGAUCGGCCCUGCAUCAGUAUUUCAAGCUUUUCCAUGAGAACUACGUGGAGUAUGCGCAUAAGGUGUACUUUGAACUCAAGCAUCAUGGGCCACAUCUGAAUAAAAUAAUUUGUAAUCUGCAUGCCCGGUUAAGUGAAGUUCAGCAAAGGCUUGUGAAUGUCGAGAAGAAACAGCCAGAACUGGAUGACAGGAUCAGCCGUGCAAUUAAGCGCCAUGAAUUUCUGGAAAACCGCUUGCAUAACUUGAGAAAAUUCCCUGGGAUACAUAAGAAGCCAUUGACCAGAGCUGAGCGCGAGUUCAGCUCAGAACUGGACAGAUUUUCGACUGUUGAGCUGACUGCUUUGCAGUCUUCUGUUGAAGCAUUGAAUGGUAGGUUGAGAAGGUACACCCAAACCCAGUCUCUCAAAGGAAAGAUGCCUAACUACCAGAGGAACACCUCCAGGAAGAAGAAAUUGGUACAAGAUACCCAGCUAGACCAACUAAAGGCCUCACUUGAGAAACUAUCACUAGUAAACAGUGAGAAUUCAAAAAAAGUUAAACUAGUAGAAUCUGCAUUGAAGGAUCGAGAAGAUGAUGCUUCCAAAUGAAAUCAGCACUGGAUCAUAAAAAAGGUGUUGAUUAUGGAUGUGGCCGUCUGUCGGUGUUUUCUAAAGUAAUUCUCGUACAGAGAUUAUCACUACUAGCUCCUUGCUUAAAGGUUAGAUUGAACGAGUUUCAGAUGUUUUGUCCAGCAGAGGCCAAAGGAAAGAUGCCUGUGCAACGCUUGCAAUGGUGGUGCAGUGUGAAGCAUAGAAGAACUAUGUUGUUCCUUAACUGUAAAUUUAACAAGCUCCAUACAUGAAAACGUUGUCACUCUGCUUUGUUGUAAAUUGGUUAUUUUGUGUUCCCUAUAGGAAAUGAUGUCAUUUGGAUACAAGUGUAUUACUAGUGGCUAAAGUUAUUUAACUUACAACUGUAAAAUUAAUCGCUUCUUUUUCUUGUAUUCCAUGUCUCAGGUCAUUUUUUGUUUUCUGGUGAAACUUCCCAGAAAUGUCUGUAAUCACUUUCAAUGGUUGAAGAAAAGGUGAUAUACUUUCCUCAU